CGCGCUCUGAUGACGUUUUACCGGAAGUGCGCUCUAGGCUGAGCCCAAAAAGUCUCCGCUGCUGCCUCCAGACACCAGGUCGUGCGAGGGCGGGCCCGCACGCCGUCGCUGCGUUUCCUCCCGGUCUCUUCUGAGCCUCCCGAUCCGCUUGCCGAGGACACGUCGCCACCACCAUGGGGGGCGGGGACCUGAACCUGAAGAAGAGCUGGCACCCGCAGACCCUCCGCAAUGUGGAGAAGGUGUGGAAGGCCGAGCAGAAGCAUGAGGCUGAGCGGAAGAAGAUUGAGGAGCUGCAGCGGGAGCUGCGGGAGGAGCGGGCCCGGGAGGAAAUGCAGCGCUACGCGGAGGAUGUGGGUGCUGUCAAGAAGAAGGAGGAGAAGCUGGACUGGAUGUACCAGGGUCCUGGUGGAAUGGUGAACCGGGAUGAGUACCUGCUGGGCCGCCCCAUCGACAAGUACGUGUUCGAGAAGCUGGAGGAGAAGGAGGCUGGCUGCUCCUCCGAGACCGGGCUCCUCCCGGGCUCCAUCUUCGCCCCGGCAGGGGCCAACUCACUUCUGGACAUGGCCAGCAAGAUUCGUGAGGACCCGCUUUUCAUCAUCAGGAAGAAAGAGGAGGAGAAAAAAAGAGAAGUGUUGAAUAAUCCUGUGAAAAUGAAGAAAAUCAAGGAACUGUUGCAAAUGAGUCUGGAAAAAAAGGAGAAGAAGAAAAAGAAGGAGAAGAGAAAGAAGCACAAGAAACACAAGCACCGGAGUGCGAGCAGCAGCCGGUCCAGCAGUGAGGACGAGCCGGGCCCGGGCCGGGGCAGGUCUCAAAAGAAGGAGACAGAUUCCCUUCCGGUUUUGUCCAAAGCCCCCGGCUAUGGCUUACAGUGUCUUGCUAAGUUGCUGAAGCCAGGUUACUACUUGCAGUCCUGCCACAUCCUCCCGAGUGCGGGAUUCCAGGUCCGGCACUCUGCCCAGGACCGGGGGCCUCAGGGCCCUUCGGUGGCCCAGUCUAAGGGCGCCUUUGGGAUGAAUAACCGGUCCAGGUCCCCGAGCUCCUCCCGCUCCCCGUCCAGACACUCGGGCAAGAAGAGCGGCAGGGACAGGAGGUCGCGGUCCCCACGGCACAGCACAGCGCACAGCGGGAGGGGCAGCCGCGGAGAGCGGGCCCCGAGCCGGAGCCCAGCCCCGAAGAAAGAGGCCCACUCCCAGAGGCGCAAGCCCGGCUACACCAGAAAACUCUCAGCCCAGGAACUGGAGCGGAAACGGCAGGAGAUGCUGGAGAAUGCCCGCUGGCGGGAGGAGGAGCGGCUCAACACCCUGAGGAGGCACGCGCGCGAGGAUGAGCGAGCCCGCCGGCUGGAGCAGCUCGACUCUCGUGAUGGCAAGUUCAUCCACCGCAUGAAGCUGGAGAGCGCAGCCACAUCUUCCCUCGAGGACCGGGUGAAGCGCAACAUCCACUCCCUGCAGCGGACCUCGGUGGCCCUGGAGAGGAACUUCAUGAGGAGAUGAGCGCCGUCCUGUGCUGGCCUUCCUAUGUCCCUGGGGAGGCCACCAGCCCUAUACGAUCCUCUUUAUAAGAGUUCGGGCGACUUCUUCCACAGUCGUGGAGCAGCACUGUUCAAAGUGACCCUGGCCCCUUUGUGAGCCUGGUGAAGAUGGGUGUCCGAGGGUGGGGGCCUUCUCCUGGCCUGGGCUGGUGGGGGCCUGGGCUCGGUCUUCACCGCACCUUUCUCCCACCCGUUCCCCUGCCGCAGUGUAGGCUGGACCUGCUGGAAACCUUUCCCGAGUCACGGGCUGGAUCGUGCUUACCCGGACAAGUGAACAUUUCCUCGAUUCAUGUGGAUAAAGUGACAGGAUGACGUCCACUUAGGGCAGAGCCAAGAUAGUGACCGAACCAGGGAGAGAAAACAGCAAAGCAAGCCCUGAUGGACCUAAAUGGUUCUGAAGUGUAAAGGCAGAAGGUGUGCAUAGGUACUAAUGUAUUAUUUUACACGCUGUUAAAAGCACUCUUGGUGAGAACACCUUGUUUGUAAGUGACUGUUCCUUACUGAACCACAGCGAGGCGAGUGACCUUGUUUUCAGCCUAAAUCAAGUGGCUGAGGAGGGCCCUGGGAUUCCAGGUGGAAGGGAUGGGUUUCUCUCCUGUCCCUGGGGAAUGUAGGAGUCAGGACCACGCUGCCCGUGUGCUCCUGCCUCCUUCCUUUUAAAUCAUGUAGUAACCUUACUACAGUUUUGGGUUUUGGGGAGGAGUUUGCUAAUCCAGUAUUUUUCAGUCAGAUGUUACAAAAACAAUACCAGAAGUCUCAAGGAGCAAGCUGGGCGUGUCCCAGCACUCUGGGGGAGGGUCGCUGUGAGUGUGAGGCCAGGAGCCUCUGGAAACAAGUCCAGGGGCUUUUCUUUACCCCAGUUUUUGUGUGUAUGGUGCUGGCAUGGACCCAGGGCCCCACUCCCCCACUCUGCCCGGCAGUGGGCCCCACCUUAGCUGGGCCAUUCCUUUGUUCUCCUUCCUCACCAGCUUUGAACUAACGCAUUGGGAUUUUCAGUUUUGAACACUUGUGAUGCUUAAAACCCACUUCAUCUCCAGAGAGACUGUGACAUGCUCUUGUUAUGCAUUUCAUCGCCUCAUCCUGCUGCUGAUGCUACGGCUAAUUAUGCUUUUUGUUUUAUUACUUUGUAAUAAAGGCCACAUUUAUUUUUGUAACUGUAAAA